UGCGCGAGCGAGCGUGUGUGAGGUGGCUAGAGCGAAGACUGUGAUAAUGAUCACAGGGUUGAGACGCAUUACUAAUAACUGUGACUAUCAUACAAUCCGCUUCACUUGACGAUGCGAUGCCCUCCAGCUUGUGGCUCAGAGAAGGCUGACUCAAACAUCACCAAACUGUCCAGAAGUGGAUCAGAACUGCGCUUUGGUGUUUUUCACACGGCACCUGCAUCCUUACGAUGACAUUCAGAAACACCUCCGUGGAUUUAUUUUCGCAGUUUUAUAUCUUGCAGAAUUUCUCCAUGUAUUUUAAUUUCUCUUUGGACGCUAUGUACGACAGAGGAGCGAAUUACGAGUCUGAAUCCCAAAGACCGACCAUCAGAGCGCUGCUCGUCGUCGCAUAUUCCGUUAUUAUCAUCAUUUCGCUGUUCGGAAAUGUGGUGGUUUGUCACGUUGUUAUUAAGAAUAAACGGAUGCACUCAGUGACAAGUUUGUUCAUCAUGAAUUUAGCCAUUGCUGACAUUCUUAUAACUAUCCUCAACACGCCUUUUACACUGGUUCGGUUUGUUUACAGUACAUGGGUGUUUGGGAAGGUGAUGUGCCAUGUGAGCCGCUUUGCACAGUAUUGUUCUGUUCACGUCUCUGUUCUUACGCUGGUCGCUAUCGCCAUUGAUAGACACCAAGUGGUGAUGCAUCCAAUGAAACAGCGGAUGUCUCGUCUUCAGGGCAUAGCCUGGAUCGGUGUCAUCUGGGUCAUGGGGUCCUGCUUCUCUCUACCUCAUGCCAUCUACCAGAAACUGCUGCGCUUUGAAUUUGUCAAUAACAGAGUACGGAUGGUAUGUUUGCCCAGCUUUCCUCAUCCCUCCGAUCUCUUCUGGAAGUAUCUAGAUCUUGCCACCUUUGUCCUGCUCUAUGUAUUGCCCUUAGCAAUUAUCUCAUUAUCGUACCUUGUGGUUGCCAAAAAGGUCUGGUUCCGGAAUGCUGUCGGUGAUGUCACACUGGCUCAAUCCGCUGCUCAUCGCAGAAGGAAGAAGACCACUUUGAAAAUGCUAAUUGCAGUGGUGGCCGUGUUUGCAAUCUGCUGGUUUCCUCUGAACUGUUACAUUGUGCUGCUGUCAAGUAAAGUGAUCCAGGCUAACAAUGCCCUGUACUUCACCUUCCACUGGCUGGCCAUGAGCUCUACCUGCUAUAACCCAUUUAUAUACUGUUGGCUCAAUCACAGCUUCCGUGCAGAACUCAGAGCCCUGCCUCUAAUUGGCCGUAUAGCCAAAGGGAAUGCCAUCCAGCAAUCCUAAGGAAGCACCCAAGAUUUUGCCGUCCUAUUUUUUCUUUUAAUAUUUAGCCCACCCACAGCUCUCCUUUAGUUCUCUCCAUCUUAGUGAAAAUGACACCUAAACCCAUGUCCUUUGAAAAAACAACAACACUGCGUUGCCAUGGAAGAGAUGACAUAAAUAAACAAGGUAUGAGAUAAAUUAAAUAGAAACUUUAUUCUAUUUUUCAAGAAACAAAAUCAAACACACCCCAUAGUGGAAAACACUACAUGUGUCAUGUUUCUGUGCUAUGCACACGCACGACAAAUGAGUAAUCUAAGAAACAGUCUUUUAAUAAUAAAUCCACAAGAAUAAAUAAAAGGAAUACAGAUGCAGGGAGUAGCACAAAACACAAUUGAACAAAACUUUUACCGGCUAAGUAGUGAAAAGAACAGGGAGUAUAAAUACAAAUGCAAGAGAGGGACUAAUGAAUUAAUUAAACAAACACAGGUGAACAGAAUGACAUAAUCAAGACAACUAGGGAAACUAGGUCAAAGGAACUAAACAAGACAGGAGAACAGGAACAGAAAGAAACACAACUAAAAUUCCAUGACCCUAACAGUUCGCCCCCCUCCCGGAAUAGAAUGCAGAGGAGGGAGGGUGGAGAUUCUGGAGGAGGUCAAAGAAACAGGGGAAUGGCAGAAAUAACAAGAGUCCAGCCAGGAUGAGGCCCCAAUAAUCGAUAGAAUAGAGGGAGGGGGGAGCCAUGGUGGAGAAGACCUUGACGACAGCCUGGGGACGAGCGAUGGAGAAGGAGCGGCUGGAGGUGGAGACCCAGGUGGAGCAGAGCAAACAGAGAGCCAUGGGGACACCCAAGGUCCAGAAGACAUAAGCGGAGCUGACUGUUCAAGCAAGUGAGGUGGAGACAGGGACCCGGAAGACCACAGUGGAGCUGGAGGGAAGGAGGAGCCUGACAGAGCCAGAGGGACAGAGUGUUGAGGCAAAGCCGGAGGAAUGGAGUCCUGAGGCGAUGGAUGGUCGACGACUGAUCAAGGCAGAGCCAGAGGGACGAGGGAGCCCGGUGGAGCCAGUGGGAUGAUGGGCCAUGAAGGAGAUGAGGGAACAAGCGGAGUCAAUGGGUCAAAGGACCGAUAAGGAGUCCAGGGCUCAAAGGCUGGAGGCAGAAAAAGGGGAUCCUUACUCCUAGGCGGAGCUGGACACUGGAAGACUCAAGGCAGAUUAGAGUACCCAGAUGAAACUAACUAAGGCUGAGCAGAGGGACUGACAGGAACCUGCGGAGAAAGGGCUGAGAAAUAGAGUAGCAUUAGGAGAGUAGGCAGGAGAGGGAGGCUGGGUGGGAAUUUGGGACAGGCAGAGAGUUCAUAAAUAGCUUCCUUGGCUGUAACAGGAAAAGCAGAGAGUUCAUAACCGGCCUCCUUGGCCAUGGCUGGACAGGCAUAGAAUUCAUAAGCAGCCUCCAUGGCUGUAACAGGACAGGCAGAGAGUUCAUAAGUGGGUACCACCACCCUGAGAGGAGCUGAAGCAGACACAGCCGCCACUGGAGGUUCUGCAGCAGAGCUCCUUGGGAGGAGCUGCGGCAGUAUUUAUGGCCCAAACACACCAAAUGGUGACUCCCAUAACAGGAAGCACCACUGACAAGGAAACAACCUCCAUGGUCAUGACAGGACAGACAAGUAGUUAGAGGAUGGGAGAAGAGCAGUCAAUCACGCCGGGCUCUGACUCUCUGUCUGCAGUGGGCUCGGGCUUUAGCUCCGUACAGCCGGAUGAUGGCUGGCUCGUCUCUGGUUCUGGAGUGGGGCUGGAUAUGUCCUCCUCAGCUGGACAGAUGGCGAAAUACAGUCCAUUUUGCUCUAGCAGCCACUCCAUGAAGGCAGCAAAACUCCCUCGAGGAUCAUGCCCGGACAGCUUUGUCUUUGUAGCUGUGGUCAGUCCUACGUAAUAAAACAUGCAUAGGCAGCUGUUUGGGUAACGUAUUAGAUGGGUAAGAUCUACAAAGUCCCUUGUAUGGUCCUCGAGGGAGCGACCCUCCUGCUCGAGCAGGAGGAGCUGGACCGUGGGGUCCAUGAAACAAAAACAAAAAUAAACAAAAAAGGGAAAAAUGCUGCCAAAGCUUACUGUUUUGGCUAGUUAUUCUGUCACGUUUCUGUGCCAUACAAGCCUGUUCAUUAAAUGAACACAGGUGAACAGGAUGACAUAACCAAGACAACUAGGGAAACUAGCCCUGCGUCUCAAUGUUCAUACUAUCCAUCCUAAAUAGUAUGUGAGAUUAGAAUAAGUGUGUCCCAAAGCAUAGUAUGUUGAAAAGAGUAUGGCAAAAGUCCCCGGAUGGUAUACUAUUUCAGGUUGAUUUUUGAAGUGUGGAUCCAUGCACACUCUAAUGAUUAAAAUUGCCCACAACCCAUUGCGCUUUGGCAAAGGAUGCAUUCCAGAACUACAAGCAUGAAUAAAACAAGUUAGAAAAACUACAAAUGUGGCGGAUGCGCGUGAUCGAUGGUUAGGUAGAGAGGUUUA